UAAUAUUUUUCUUUUAUAGAUUUUUAAAAAUGGUAGAACAACUAAUUUUGAUGCCAACUUAGCAGAGCAAAGAAAAGGAACAAGUACAGAUAUAUACAAAUACAGAGAGCUAGGACAUUACUAUAGAAUACAGAAGAGAAUUUGCACAUGAUCCAUAUUCCUUAUGAAUGCAUUACCAAUGCAAAUCUUCACAAACUCGAAAUUAGGCAUAUAGGCGGUACAUAAGAAUACAAACAGAAGAGACAUGUUUUAAAAAGUGGAUAUAUUUUUAAGGAGUUAUCCAAAGUGACAUUGAACAAUAUAAUAUUAAGAAUCUUGUCACAGCUGUCAUCUAAAGAAAUGCAUUAGAAUGCAUACGGGAAGAAAAUCAUUUCUAAUUGUGCAUGUAAUCAAAGAGAACAUCUGAAGAAUGAACUGGGAAAACACACAGGAGAGAAAUGCUUUGAAUGUCCUUUUUGUGAAAAUGUUUCUAAUCACAGCGAUAAUUUGAAUAGACAUAAUAGAAUUCAUACUAAAGAAAAUGUUUUAAAUGAGGAGUUUGUGACUAUGCAUGUAAUGACGGCAGUAGUCUAAAGAAACGUAGUAUAAUACAUACUGGAGAGAAAUGCUUUAAAUGUGAUGUUUGUGACUAUGCUUGUUAUGAAAGCAGUGAUCUGAAGAGACAUAGGAGAAUGCAUACUGGAGAGAAAUGCUUUAAAUGUGAUGUUUGUGACUUUGCUUGUAAUCAGAGCAGUAAUCUUAAAGUACAUAGUAGAAUACAUACAGGAGAGAAAUGCUUUAAAUGUGAUGUUUGUGACUUUGCAUGUAAUAGGAGCAGUAAUCUGAAGAGACAUAAGAGAAUGCAUACUGGAGAGAAAUGCUUUAAAUGUGAUGUUUGUGACUAUGCAUGUAGUGAAAGCAGUCAUCUGAAGAGACAUAGGAGAAUACAUACAGGAGAGAAAUGCUUUAAAUGUGAUGUUUGUGACUAUGCUUGUAAUGAGAGCGGUAGUCUGAAGAGACAUAGGAGAAUACAUACUGGAGAGAAAUGCUUUAAAUGUGAUGUUUGUGACUAUGCAUGUAAUGAGAGCGGUAGUCUGAAAAAACAUAGGAGAAUACAUACUGGAGAGAAAUGCUUUAAAUGUGAUGUUUGUGACUUUGCUUGUACUGACGGCAGUAGUCUUAAGAUACAUAGGAGAAUACAUACAGGAGAGAAAUGCUUUAAAUGUGAUGUUUGUGACUAUGCGUGUAAUCAGAGCAGUAAUCUGAUGGUACAUAGUAGAAUACAUACAGUAGAGAAAUGCUUUAGGUGUGAUGUUUGUGACUUUGCAUGUAAUCAGAGCAGUAAUCUGAAGGUACAUAGGAGAAUACAUACUGGAGAGAAAUGCUUUAAAUGUGAUGUUUGUGACUUUGCAUGUAGUGAAAGCAGUAAUCUGAAGAGACAUAGGAGAAUACAUACAGGAGAGAAAUGCUUUAAAUGUGAUGUUUGUGACUUUGCUUGUAAUCAGAACAGUAAUCUGAAGGUACAUAUUAGAAUACAUACAGGAGAGAAAUGCUUUAAGUGUGAUGUUUGUGACUUUGCAUGUAAUCAGAGAAGUAAUCUGAAGGUACAUAGUAGACUACAUACUGAAGAGAAAUGCUUUAAAUGUGAUGUUUGUGACUAUGCAUGUAAUAAGAGCGGUAGUCUGAAAAAACAUAGGAGAAUACAUACUGGAGAGAAAUGCUUUCAAUGUGAUGUGUACUGAAGAGACAUAAGCGGAUACAUACAGGAGAGAAAUCCUUAAAAUGUAAUGUUUGUUACUAUGCUUGUUAUCAAAGCAGUGAUCUGAAGAAACACAAGAGAAUGCAUCACGGAGAGAAAUGCUUUAAAUGUGAUGUUUGUGACUAUGCUUGUAAUGCAGGCAGUAGUCUUAAAAAACACAGGAAAAUACAUACUUGAGAGAAAUGCUUUAAAUGUGAUUUUUGUGACUUCGCAUGUUAUGACGGCAGUAGUCUGAAGAAACAUAGGAGAAUACAUACUGGAGAGAAAAGUUUUAAAUCUGAUGUUUGUGGACCACAGUAGUCUGAAGAGACAUAGCAGAACACAUACUGGAGAAGAAAGCUUUAGGGGACACAUAUUGCUACAUUCACAGUUCAUAUGUAGAAAUGAGGAAGGGGUGCAUAUGCAAGAAAUUGAUGGUGGGAAGAUAAAAAAACAUAUUCCUAAACUGAUAUAAUAUUAAUGGACACCUGUAAUAUUCAGUAAUUUGUGGAUAAGGAUGUGGUACUAUGAAUGUAAUAGAAAAACAGAGGUCUUUGUGAAAGUACAUUCAACACAAAAUAUUAAGCUUUUGUAUAAGGAAAGAACCAUUUUUUUUCAAUACCCGUGUUACAAAUAAUGUUGAAGAGAUGAGAUUUUCUUUCUAAUGCACCAGGUUUGCUUAAACAUGUAAAAAAUGAACGCCAUGUCAUUUCAACUCGGAGAUGGAUGCCAUCUUUCUCAUUGAUAAAAAGUGUAAACCAACAAAUCAGAGUGGGAUUAGCAUUGUAAGGGCAUAACAUGACAUUCUACACAAUGAAUACCUUAGAACAAAUAGGUAAGAUGCUACACAGGUCUGGUGGGUUAAAUGCAUAACGUCGAUUACUUGAAAUUGAUCUUGAAAAGAUGGUUAAUAUUAGUUUAUUUACACGGUUUUUAAUUUUCCACAACUUCUCGGCGAUUCACUGCAAAAAUUAUUACUGCGCCGGACGAACGGUAACUCUAAUAAACAAUGGGAGACAGCUUAGGUGUCAGCACGUGUAUGAUUUUUUAAAAAAACGUGUCGAUGAUUAUAAUUUCUUAUCAAAUAAUGAAUCCUGUUCAGAUAUUCGUCUUUAAUAUCAGAAAAAUAUUAAUUUAUAUGGAAAUAUAAAAAAAAUAUUACUUACAGUGGACUACUUUGCGCAUCAAACUGGUUUCCGCUUCAGUUGUGAGGCACUGUCGUUAUACUUUUUGACAACAAUAACAAAACACAAAAUGAAUCAAUAAAGUCACUUAUAAACCGACUGCUACUUAGAUCAGUGUAAGUAUAGUUGUUGUUACAACACUAUACUUGUGCAUUACGUUAUGAGAUAAAGUUUUUCCUAAACUGCAUAAUCCAUUAAUUACGUUAAGAUGAUAUUGCAUUUACAACUUCUCUGACCCCGUUUUUUACGUGAAUGACAGCAAUCUCGUGCAACUCAUGCAAACAGAGUUAUGAAAAGUAUGGUGGAGAAUUCAAGGACAAAUUAUAAAUGACAUUAAAUUGAGGAUAACUGUAUAUUCGUCCAGUUUUGAUCAUUGACAUUCCUGCUGUAUAUUAGUAAGUUUUGUGAAUAACAGUCAUUUGUUAGAAUGUUACUUUUGCACAUAUACACAUUGAUUGGACCUCUCAACCAAGUUUCAUACCUUAUUUAAGGGUUUUUUAAGACAAUACAUUUUCAAAAGUUUGUUGAAUGUGUUUUGAUAUUUAAGUGCAUUGUACUUCAUGAAUACCAAGUUGAAAAUUAAUAAUGGAACCAUUUCUAGGCCCUUAUUAUAAGCAACUCGACUUCUGUAAUGAUAACUGUUUAAUGUAUUAAGGGGAAUAUACUCUUUUAAUUUUGUAAUGUGGCAUUCCUUGACCAUAUCUUUUUUAUGCACUACUUUUUAAACAAACUAAAUAAUAUAUUUUAGCUUACAUAUGCAAAAUGAAAAGAAAGACAGUGAACUUAUUUCACUUUUUUCUUUAAAUUAGAAUCCGUAGGAUAUUGAUAAAUGUUUGGACACCGUAAAACGCUAUUAUUUUCGCACAAAAAAUAUUAAUUGUUGACUUUGAAUGUACACAAAAAGUCGAAUGUAAUUCAACAGUAACUUUCGUGGUUUCAGUUUUUCUCAUUUUUAUUAUGCCCCCGAAGGGAGGCAUAUUAGUUUUCAACUGUCCGUCCGUUCGUUCGUUAGUUAGUUCGUCACAACGUUAACCUUUUGCAUGAAGGCACUUUACUCGCGAACCAAUGUAUCCAGGACCUUCAAACUUCACAUGCUGAUAGUACUUAUUGAAUAUAUCACCCCUCCUGACUUUGGGGUCAAAGGUCAAGGUCACAGGGCCCAACGUUAACUUUUUGCAUGAAGGCACUUUACUCGCGAACCGCUGCACCCAGGACCUUCAGACUUCACGUGCUGAUAGUACUUAUUAAGUACACCACCCCUACUGACUUUGGGGUCACCAGGUCAAAGGUCAAGGUCACAGGGGCCAACGUUAACUUUUUGCAUGAAGGCACUUUACUCGCGAACCACUGCACCCAGGACCUUGAAACUUCACAUGCUGAUAGUACAUAUUUAGUAUACCAACCCUACUGACUUUGGGGUCACCAGGUCAAAGGUCAAGGUCACAGGGGCCAACGUUAUCUUUUUGCAUGAAGGCACUUUACUCGCGAACCACUGCACCCAGGACUUUCAAAAUUCACGUGCUGAUAGUACUUAUUGAGUACACCAUCCCUACUGACUUUUGGGGUCACCAGAUCAAAGGUCAAGGUCACAGGGGCCAACGUUAACUUUUUGCAUGAAGGCACUUUACUCGCGAACCGCUGCACCCAGGACCUUGAAACUUCACAUGCUGAUAGUACUUAUUAAGUACACCACCCCUACUGACUUUGGGGUCACCAGGUCAAAGGUCAAGGUCACAGGGGCCAUCGUUAACUUUUUGCAUGAAGGCACUUACUCGCGAACCACUGCACCCAGGACCUUGAAACUUCACAUGCUGAUAGUACUUUAUUUAGUACACCAUCCCUACUGACUUUUGGGGUCACCAGAUCAAAGGUCAAGGUCACAGGGGCCAACGUUAACUUUUUGCAUGAAGGCACUUUACUCGCGAACCACUGCACCCAGGACUUUCAAACUUCACAUGCUGAUAGUACUUAUUGCGUACACCACCCCUACUGACUUUGGGGUCACCAGGUCAAUGGUCAAGGUCACAGGGGCCAACAUUAACUUUUUGCAUGAAGGCACUUUACUCGUGAACCUUUCACCCAGGACCUUCAAACUUCACAUGCUGAUAGUACUUUAUGAGUACACCAACCUUACUGACUUUGGGGUCACCAGGUCAAGGUCACAGGGGCCAACGUUAACUUUUUGCAUGAAGGCACUUUACAUGCGAAUCACUUUAUCCAGGACCUUCAAACUUCACAUGCUAAUAGUACUUAUUGAGUACACCACCCCUACUGACUUUGGGAUCACCAGGUGAAAGGUCAAGGUGCUACGGGGGCAUUUGUCACCAUUAGUGAGAGCUCUUGUUUUAGUGAGCAUUCCUUUGUGUACUUAUAACAGUUGAAACCGUAUCCAUUUCAUGUACCAAAGCUUUGUACUUUUUUGCAGGUAAAUUUUAUCAUUCCCUACACACUUUUUUCUAAUUUCAAAGUAUGCGGCCCCUUAAACAUUAUGUUUGUUAUUAUGCAUCAAAUCAAAGUUAUCAUCUAGUAAGAAAUAAGAGAAAACAUACAGUGGAGAAGUGUGUAAUAAUCAAAGUUUCAUAAAGAUUGGGUCAAAAAUGUGGUCUCUAGAGUGUUCAAAAGCUUUCCCUUUGAUCUGACCUAGUUUCUUACCCCACAUGACCCAGUUUCGAACUUCACCUAGAGCAUCAAGACAAACAUUCUGACCAAGUUUCAUAAAGAUUGGGUCAAAAUUGUGGUCUCUAGAGUGUUCAUAAGUUUUUCCUUUGAUCUGACCUACUGACCUAGUUUUUUACCCCACAUGACCCAGUUUUGAACUUGACCUAUAGAUCAUCAAGACUAACAUUCUGACCCAGUUUCAUAAAGAUUAGGUCAAAAAUGUGGUCUUUAGAGUGUUCAGAAGCUUUUCCAGUGCUCUGACCUGCUGACCUAGAUUUUGACCCCACAUGACCCUGUUUCGAACUUGACCUAGAGAUCAUCAAGACAAACAUUCUAACCAAGUUUCAUAAAGGUUGGGUCAAAAAUGUGGUCUCUAGAGCGUUCACAAGCUUUUCCUUUGAUCUGACCUACUGACCUAGUUUUUGACCCCACAUAACCCAGUUUUGAACUUGACCUAGAGAUCAUAAAGACUAGCAGUCUGACUAAGUUUCAUAAAGGUUGGGUCAAAAAUGUGGUCUCUAGAGCGUUCACAAGCUUUUCCUUUGAUCUGACCUACUGACCUAGUUUUUGACCCCACAUAACCCAGUUUUGAACUUGACCUAGAGAUCAUAAAGACUAGCAGUCUGACUAAGUUUCAUAAAGGUUGGGUCAAAAAUGUGGUCUCUAGAGUGUUCACAAGCUUUUCCUUUGAUCUGACCUACUGACCUAGUUUUUGACCCCACAUGACCCAGUUUCAAACUUGAUUUAGAGAUCAUCAGGACUAACAAUCUGACCAAGUUUCAUAAAGGUUGGGUCACAAAUAUGGUCUCUAGAGUGUUCACAAGCUUUUCCUUUGAUCUGACCUACUGACCUAGUUUUUUACCCCACAUGGCCCAGUUUCGAACUUGACCUAGAUAUUAUCAAUACAAACAUUCUGACAAAGUUUCAUAAAGAUUGGCUCAAAAUGUGGUUUCUAAAGUGUUCACAAGGCAAAUGUUGAUGGACGAAGGACAACACACGUGGACGGACGCCGGACAAUGACCGGUCACAAUAGCUCACCUUGAGCACUUUGUGCUCUGGUGAGCUAAAAUAGAUCGGCAGCUUCAACAGUCAGUGGUGUAACUGUCAAAUUACCUCUCUUUAUUUCAAAUUAAAAUGGGUAUAUCUCUGUAACUAAUGAAGAGACUGAUGUGAAAAUUCAUUUAUGUUAACAGAUUUAUUUGGCAGAUCCUUCUUUUGUUCACUUACAAUAUUUUUUUUUUAAUUACUUCCCUUUUACGUUACUAUAAAUAGCUUAUUUUUAGUAACUUUUUUAUUAUUGGCCAUAGGAAAAAACCGAGACCACUUUUCUGUGGUACAACAUGGAUGGUACCUCCAAUUUUUAGGUGUAUUUUGACAUAUCUAUACCUUGUAAGAAUUUUUUUUUUCUUUUUGGUUAAAUUUCUUCCCUUUGUUGUUCCUGUCCUUUGGAUUUAGAUAUUUUUCUGAGAACCUUCUUGUCCUCGAAGUGCAAUGAUAACAGGUGAGUGAUAUAGGGUCAUCAUGGCCCUCUUGUUUAGAUAUUCUGACUUUCUGUUACUAGAGUUAUAUAGGGAUGUUACUUUUUGUUACCUAUGUUACUAAGAAAAUAAAAUCACAUGUUCUGUCAGAAAUCAAUAAAUUUCAGUAUAUGACUGUGUGUGACCUUUUUGUUACUAGAGUUUUAUAGGGAUGUUACCCUUUGUUACCUAUGUUACUAAGAAAAUAGAAUCAGGGGUUUUGUCAAAAAUCAAUAAAUUUCAGUAUGUGACUGUGUGUGACAUUUUUGUUACUAGAGUAACAUCCCUAUAUAACUCUAGUAACAAAACGUCAGAAUAUCUAAAAGAUUAUAUACAUGAAAUACAUUGGACAGGGGAGGUGGCGUCUGCAUCGGAUCUGCAAUGUUUUUUUCAUGUUCUUUUCUCAUUUUUCUUUAAUAAGAACCCAGUUGCCCCUCCAUGCAUUAUUUCAUCACGAGCGGGUACCAGGGUAGAACCACCAACCUCCCGUAAGCCAGCUGGAUAGCUUCCUCACAUGAAGAGCCUCAAGUGAGGCUCGAGCCCACAUUGGUGAGGGGCAAGUGAUUUGAAGUCAGCGACCUUAACCACUCGUCCACGGAUAAAUUAUCUAAAAGGAGGUAUCACAAAAUUUAAUCGUAAUCUUCACAUUGUUUUCAAACUUUUAAUAAAAUAGUGUCGUAUAAAAGAGGAAGCAUGUGUUUAUAAUUAGAUUAUAUCGAUUUAGAAUUCUUCCGACUAUAAAUGCCUUGCCGGGUCAUUUUAAAUUUGUCCACACAUACGGGAGAGAUGCCUCAUGUUUUGCACAUUCCAAAUGCAGUAUAUUUCUUUCUUGUGGGCACGAACCAAAGCUCGUAUUUAUAUAAUAAUCAAUACAUACGUAGAUCUUAAUUCGAACUGAAUAUGUCUAUACAUUUGCAGUGAUUUGUUAGUUGAUAAAGAAGAACAAUGUAGAGUGGUUAAUUCCACGGCUAUUUCGCGACUGAGCUAGGACUAAGGGAUGCAUAUAAAAAUAUUUAGAAAAUGCAGACCCUUUCUAAUUGUUGAAAAAAAACAAGGAAAGCUUGAAUUACCUGUAAAGAAAAAAUAUUCCCUUAAAGAAUACUUGUAGGGAUAUUUCAGAGAGAUUUUACUCGUACCGCGGUGUUGCACACAGCCGUAAACUGUAUGACAACAUGCGUAAUACUUUCUCGGAUACCUUUCAAAUUACUACAUGCACAUCUUUUACUUUUAUGGAAAUGUAUAUUGUUAACAAAAUGUGAAAAUUACAUCUGAUUGAAGUAUUCAAUCGCAUACAAUUUUAUUCACAUCAUUGCCUCAACGACCGCACAGUAACGAGUCAAUGAAGAACUUACAUUUAUUUAAGUAUAUAGCUCACUUUUUAUUGAACAUCUGAGUCAUUUAAAACAUUUUUCUAGAACUGUAUUUUUAAAAGUGGCAUGUGAGAUAAUGUCUUGACGUGAACCAGUGCAAGUUGACGCAAUAAGGUAAAAUAUUCGGAAAGGUGGGAGAGGGGGUGGAGGUAACUCAUCGGAAUAUACUUUCUGACUGGAGAAUACAACUGAACAUUUGCGUAUGUUUGAAAUGCUUUCCUCUUUGGGGUUUUUAUACCUGCCAGAGAUACAUUAUUUUAUUAUAUAAAUUUAAGUUGAAGAUAUUUAUUUUUCUUACUGCUCUUAAGAUUACACUUCUGUCUAACUUUGUCAAAACAAUGGUGCUGUUGCACGUUUUUAGCUCAACUAUACGAAGUAUUAGGAGAGCUAUCCUACUCGACCCGGCGUCUUUCCACGUCCCCACCUUGGUUAAAGUUUUUUUUCAAUUUUUUUCAACAUGUGUCUGUAAUUAUUUGAUGGAUUUGAUUCAAACUUAAAAUGCUUAUUCCUCAUCAUCAUACACAUCAUCUGACAUAAGGGCCAUAACUCUGGCACCAAUAUUUCAUGAAUUAUCCCCCCUUUUCACUUAGAUUACCAGGCUAAAGUUUUGAUGCACUUUCACUCUAUCUCUGUUAUUACUGAGUGGAUUUGAUUCAAACUUAAAAGAGUUGUUCAACAUCAUCACCCACAUCAUAUGACACAAAAUGCAUAACUCUGGCACCUUUUUUUCAUGAUUUUUCCCCCUUUUUACUUAGUAUUUCAGGUUAAAGUUUUGGUGCACUUUCACUCUAACUCUGUUAUUCCUAACUGGAUUUAAUUCAAACUUAAAAUAGUUGUUCAGCAUCAUCAUCCACAUCAUAUGACACAAGAUGCAUAACUCUGGCACAAUUUUUCAUGAAUUAUUCCCCUUUUUACUUAGAAUUUCAGGUUAAAGUUUUAUGCACUCUCACUCUAUUUCUGUUAUUACUGAAUGGAUCUGAUUCAAACUUAAACAAUUGUUCAACAUCAUUACCCUUAUCAGAUGACACAAGGUGCAUACCUCUGGCACCAAUUUUUAGCUCACCUGUCACAAAGUGACAAUGUGAGCUUUUGUGAUCGCGCGGUGUCCGUCGUCCGUCGUCCGUGCGUGCGUCCUUGCGUGCGUAAACUUUUCCUUGUGAUAUCUCUAGAGGUCACAUUUUUCAUGGGAUCUUUAUGAAAAUGGGUCAGAAUGUUCAUCUUGGUAAAUUCUAGGUCAAGUUCGAAACUGGGUCACGUGCCAUCAAAAACUAGGUCAGUAGGUCUAAAAAUAGAAAAACCUUGUGACCUCUCUAGAGGCCAUAAUUUUCAAUGGAUCUUCAUGAAAAUUGGUCAGAAUGUUCACCUUGAUGAUAUCUAGGUCAAGUUCGAAACUGGGUCACGUGCGGUCAAAAACUAGGUCAGUAGGUCUAAAAAUAGAAAAACCUUGUGACCUCUCUAGAGGCCAUAUGUUUCAAAGAUCUUCAUGAAAAUUGGUCAGAAUGUUCACCUUGAUGAUAUCUAGGCCAAGUUCGAAAUUGGGUCACCUGCGGCCAAAAACUAGGUCAGUAGGUCUAAAAAUAGAAAAACCUUGUGACCUUUCUAGAGGCCAUAUAUUUCACAAGAUCUUCAUGAAAAUUUGUCAGAACGUUCACCUUGAUGAUAUCUAGGUCAAGUUCGAAACUGGGUCACGUGCCGUCAAAAACUAGGUCAGUAGGUCAAAUAAUAGAAAAACCUUGUGACCUCUCUAAAGGCCAUAUUUUUCAUGGGAUCUGUAGGAAAGUUGGUCUGAAUGUUCAUCUUGAUGAUAUCUAGGUCAAGUUCGAAACUGGGUCACGUGCGGUCAAAAUCUAGGUCAGUAGAUCUAAAAAUAGAAAAACCUUGUGACCUUUCUAGAGGCCAUAUAUUUCACAAGAUCUUCAUGAAAAUUGGUCAGAAUGUUCACCUUGAUGAUAUCUGAGUCAAGUUCGAAAGUGGGUCACGUGCCGUCAAAAACUAGGUCAGUAGGUCAAAUAAUAGAAAAACCUUGUGACCUCUCUACAGGCCAUAUUUUCCAUGGGAUCUGCAUGAAAGUUGGUCUGAAUGUUCAUCUUGAUGAUAUCUAGGUCAAGUUCGAAACAGGGUCAUGUGCGGUCAAAAACUAGGUCAGUAGGUCUAAAAAUAGAAAAACCUUGUAACCUCUCUAGAGGCCAUACUUGUGAAUGGAUCUCCAUAAAAAUUGGUCAGAAUGUUCACCUUGAUGAUAUCUAGGUCAAAUUCGAAAGUUGGUUACGUGCCCUUAAAAAGUAGGUCAGUAGGUCAAAUAAUGAAAAAACGUUGUGACCUCUCUGGAGGCCAUAUUUUUCAUGGGAUCUGUAUGAAAGUUGGUCUGAAUGUUUAUCUUGAUGAUAUCUAGGCCAAGUUUGAAACUGGGUCAACUGCGAUCAAAAACUAGGUCAGUAAGUCUUGAAAUAGAAAAACCUUGUGACCUCUCUAGAGGCCAUACCCUUGAAUGGAUCUUCAUGAAAAUUGAUCAGAAUGUUCACCUUGAUGAUAUCUAGGUCAAGUUUGAAACUGGGUCACGUGCCUUAAAAAACUAGGGCAAUAGGUCAAAUAAUAGAAAAACCUUGUGACCUCUCUAGAGACCAUAUUUUUCAAUGGAUCUUCAUGAAAAUUGGUCAGAAUUUUUAUCUUGAUAAUAUCUAGGUCAAGUUCAAAACUGGGUCACAUGAGCUCAAAAACUAGGUCACUAUGUCAAAUAAUAGAAAAAACGACGUCAUACUCAAAACUGGAUCAUGUGGGAAAAGGUGAGCGAUUCAGGACCAUCAUGGUCCUCUUGUUUAUUAUUGGCCGUAGGGAAAAACUGAGACCGCUUUUCUGUGGUACAACAUGGAUGGUACCUCCAAUUUUUAGGUGUAUUUUGAAAUAGCUGUACCUUGUAAGAAUUUUUUCUUUUUGUUUUUGGUUAAAGCAAUGGUACUCAGGUGAGCGAUAUAGGGCCAUCAUGGCCCACUUGUUUAUUAAUUAUUCCCCCUUAUUACUUAGAAUUUUAGGUUAAAGUUUUGAUGCUCUUUCACUCUGUCUCUGUUAUUACUGAAUGGAUUUGAUUCAAACUUAAAAUAGUUGUUCAACAUCAUCACCCACACCAUAUGACACAAGGUGCAUAACUCUGGCAUCAAUAUUUAAUGAACUAUGCCCCUUUCUGCUUAGGAUAUACUUGUAUAGUGUUUUGAUACAUUUUAUCUUUACCUCUCAUUACUUUAAGUUUAUAUUUUUGACAUAGACUCAGGCUAUUAUUAGUUACACUGUCCUGUCACCAACAAGCAGUGUAACGAUUUUAUCUUGCUAUAAUCAACACAUUUUGUAAAUUAACAAAGCUACUUACAGUGCAGACUUUAUGCUUUACACCAGCCAUAAAAUGCACAAUGUUCUGUGUUUGUGUUAAAUCACAAAACACAAAGCGCAUUUACACAUGUUAUGAACUGGUUUAGAUUAGAAACACUAAAAAACUUCUUGUCGCAAUCCGACAGCCAUUUUGUUUUAAUCAAUUUUUCAUAUCUGAAAUAUACUAGCAGGAUAUGGAAUAUAUCCUGUCUCCAUGUGACGUCUAUUGACCAAUAAAAAUGCAAGAAACUUGUAGCAGGCAAGAUAAUGUGCAAUAUCUUCAUCCACAAUUUGAGUCAUUAAACACUCCAGUGACAGCUCUAGUUUCCUCAGAUGUGCCCAGUUUCACUAUCCAGCAUCAAAAUAGUCGAGCGCGCUGUCUCCUGUGACAGCUCUUGUAUGAUUUUAUUUGUUUCACAAUUUUAAAAUGUAUUACUGUUAUAUGUUUUGUGUGUUUUAAAAACUCAAGGGUUACAGGUUAGGUCGUAUAAUGAGAAAAGCAUGUAUGAUUGCUUAAAUUUGUUUUAUUGAAAGUUCUGUAUGGCAAUAAUAAUACUAUUGUGUAAACGUCUGCCAAUUUUUAGUAACGUUUAAUUAAGCAAAAAAUAGUUGUUACGUAAAAAGUUUUGUUAGAUGACUGUAUUAGUAUCUCGAUGCUUUAGAACAUGCCCUUAUAAUCGCACAACAUUGCGGUAUUACAAUAACAUGUUUUUCAUUGAUCGCGGCCGAGGCCGCGAUCAUUUUGAAUAGGACAAGUAUAUACAUGCUGGGGAAAAUAUUUCAUGAUGGACCUGUGAAUUCUUUACUUGUGGGUGAAACAGGUCUCAUAAGCGUAAAUACGACUAGCUUCUACUGAUUAUAAAACAUACCGUACGAUUUGUUGUGAAUUAACUGUUGUACUUUUAGUAGUUCAACCGUCACCCUUGUUUAAGAGCAACAUUUAAAAAACACGUUUUUUUUUCAUCCUCAAGUAAUAAGUAAGUAGACUCGCCCAGUUUAAUCAAUCUAGACGCAUGCAUAGAGCGCUUACUUCACCCGAUUUACAUUCGGAACAUUUUCACGCGUUACGGGCUUUAUCGUAUGUUUAACAUGGGAUUUUUGAACCGUCCAAAGAUAUUGGAAAUGUUUGUCUCAUUGUUUAUUUUUUUUAAUAAAAAUGUUACUGCUUU